CUCAGAGCAUCUUCCUCGGAGCGGCACCGCGGCGGGGCGGGCGGGGACGCGGCGGGGACCGAGAGGCGUGAGGCGGCCGAUACCGCUGGCCUCGUAUCUGUCACCUGCUGGAGACCAGGCGGUCUCGAGACUCUGAUCCCCACCCUUCAGCUCCUGGCGCCCCCAGAACCAGGCGUCCCUCCCCCACCUUCCAUCCGAGCCCGCCGCGGGGGAGGGGCUCCACCACCACCGCCGCCGCCGCUGCCUUCCGGGGACUUGGGUACUUGAGCCCUGGCGGCUGGGUCCAUGGCACUGUGAGUCGGCGAGGGAGCCCCGCUCCGCGCGAGGGGCGCCCGGCCCCCUCCCCGCCCCAUGCGCCCGCGGCUCUGAAGCCUGAGCGGGGCCGGGGGCCGGGCGGCGUCGGGGCCGCCGGAGGCAUGGCGCUCGGGAGUCGGUGGCGACCGCCACCCCAGCUGUCGCUGCUGCUGCUGCUGCUGGCGCUGGCGACGGGCGUCCGUGGUUUGGAGUUCGGCGGCGGCCCCGGGCAGUGGGCUCGUUACGCGCGCUGGGCGGGCGCGGCGAGCAGCGGCGAGCUCAGCUUCAGCCUGCGCACUAACGCCACGCGCGCGUUGCUUCUUUACCUGGACGACGGCGGCGACUGCGACUUCCUGGAGCUAUUGCUAGUGGACGGGCGCCUGCGGCUGCGCUUCACGCUGUCUUGCGCCGAGCCCGCCACGCUGCAGCUGGACACGCCGGUGGCCGACGACCGCUGGCACAUGGUGCUGCUGACCCGCGACGCGCGGCGUACGGCGCUGGCGGUGGACGGCGAGGCCCGCGCCGCCGAGGUGCGCUCCAAGCGGCGUGAGAUGCAGGUGGCCAGCGACCUGUUCGUGGGUGGUAUCCCACCCGACGUGCGCCUAUCUGCGCUCACGCUCAGCACCGUCAAGUACGAGCCACCUUUCCGCGGCCUCCUGGCCAACCUAAAGCUGGGCGAGCGGCCACCGGCUCUGCUGGGCAGCCAGGGUCUGCGCGGCGCGGCUGCCGACCCCCUGUGCGCUCCUGCGCGCAAUCCCUGCGCCAACGGUGGCCUCUGUACCGUGCUAGCCCCCGGCGAGGUGGGCUGCGACUGCAGCCAUACCGGCUUCGGCGGCAAGUUCUGCAGUGAAGAGGAACACCCUAUGGAAGGUCCGGCUCACCUGACGUUAAACAGCGAAGUAGGGUCCUUACUGUUCUCCGAGGGGGGGGCCGGGAGAGGAGGAGCCGGCGAUGUGCACCAGCCGACGAAAGGCAAGGAGGAAUUUGUGGCAACCUUCAAGGGCAAUGAGUUCUUCUGCUACGACCUGUCACACAACCCGAUCCAGAGCAGCACUGACGAGAUCACACUGGCCUUCCGCACCCUGCAGCGCAACGGGCUGAUGCUGCACACGGGCAAGUCGGCCGACUACGUCAACCUGUCCCUCAAGUCCGGGGCUGUCUGGCUGGUCAUCAACUUAGGCUCGGGUGCCUUCGAGGCCCUUGUGGAACCCGUCAAUGGCAAGUUCAACGACAACGCCUGGCACGACGUCCGGGUUACCCGAAACCUGCGCCAGGUGACCAUCUCGGUGGACGGCAUCCUGACCACCACAGGCUACACCCAGGAGGACUACACCAUGCUGGGCUCGGAUGACUUCUUCUACAUUGGGGGCAGCCCCAACACAGCCGACCUGCCUGGCUCGCCCGUCAGCAACAACUUCAUGGGCUGCCUCAAGGACGUGGUCUACAAGAACAACGACUUCAAGCUGGAGCUGUCCCGCCUGGCUAAGGAAGGGGACCCGAAGAUGAAGCUGCAGGGGGAUUUGUCUUUUCGUUGCGAGGAUGUGGCUGCCCUGGACCCUGUGACCUUUGAGAGUCCCGAGGCCUUUGUUGCGCUGCCCCGCUGGAGCGCCAAGCGCACUGGCUCCAUCUCCCUGGACUUCCGAACCACUGAGCCCAAUGGGUUGCUGCUCUUCAGCCAGGGCCGGCGGGCUGGGGCCGGGGUAGGCAGCCACAGCUCUGCCCAGAGGGCUGACUACUUUGCCAUGGAGCUGUUGGAUGGUUACCUCUAUCUUCUGCUGGACAUGGGCUCUGGGGGCAUCAAGCUGCGGGCGUCCAGCCGCAAGGUCAAUGACGGCGAAUGGUGCCACGUGGACUUCCAGAGGGAUGGGCGCAAAGGCUCCAUCUCUGUGAACAGCCGCAGCACGCCAUUCUUGGCUACGGGAGAGAGCGAGGUCCUGGACCUGGAGAGUGAGCUGUACCUGGGCGGCCUCCCUGAGGGUGGCCGGGUGGACCUGCCGCUGCCUCCUGAGGUGUGGACAGCUGCUCUGCGGGCUGGCUAUGUGGGCUGUGUUCGAGACCUCUUCAUAGAUGGACGGAGUCGAGACCUCCGGGGCCUGGCGGAGGCCCAGGGGGCUGCGGGUGUUGCCCCCUUCUGCUCCCGGGAGACGCUGAAGCAGUGUGCGUCAGCCCCCUGCCGAAAUGGAGGUGUCUGUCGAGAAGGCUGGAACCGGUUCGUCUGUGACUGCAUCGGGACCGGCUUUCUGGGUCGGGUCUGUGAGAGAGAGGCCACUGUCCUAAGCUAUGAUGGCUCCAUGUACAUGAAGAUCAUGCUGCCCAAUGCCAUGCACACGGAGGCAGAAGAUGUGUCCCUGCGUUUCAUGUCCCAGAGAGCCUAUGGACUCAUGAUGGCCACCACCUCCAGGGAGUCAGCUGACACGCUGCGCCUCGAGCUGGACGGGGGGCAGGCGAAGCUCACCGUCAACCUCGGUAAAGGCCCCGAGACACUCUUUGCGGGGCACAAGCUGAACGACAAUGAGUGGCACACCGUGCGGGUGGUGCGGCGUGGCAAGAGCCUGCAGCUGUCUGUGGACAACGUGACUGUGGAGGGACAGAUGGCAGGAGCCCACACUCGGCUGGAGUUCCACAACAUUGAGACGGGCAUCAUGACAGAGCGGCGGUUCAUCUCUGUGGUGCCCUCCAACUUCAUCGGGCACCUGAGUGGGCUGGUGUUCAACGGCCAGCCCUACAUGGACCAGUGCAAGGACGGGGAUAUCACCUAUUGUGAGCUUAAUGCUCGGUUUGGUCUGCGUGCCAUUGUGGCCGAUCCUGUCACCUUCAAGAGUCGUAGCAGCUACCUGGCUUUGGCUACGCUGCAGGCUUACGCCUCCAUGCACCUCUUCUUCCAGUUCAAGACCACAGCCCCAGAUGGGCUUCUGCUGUUCAACUCAGGCAACGGCAAUGACUUCAUUGUCAUCGAGCUGGUCAAGGGGUACAUCCACUACGUGUUCGACCUGGGGAAUGGCCCGUCCUUGAUGAAGGGAAACUCAGACAAACCGGUCAAUGACAACCAGUGGCACAAUGUGGUGGUGUCCAGGGACCCAGGCAACGUGCACACGCUGAAGAUCGACUCCCGCACUGUCACGCAGCACUCCAACGGUGCCCGCAACCUGGAUCUUAAAGGGGAGUUGUACAUCGGUGGCCUGAGCAAGAAUAUGUUCAGCAACCUGCCCAAGCUGGUGGCCUCUCGGGAUGGCUUUCAGGGCUGCCUGGCCUCUGUGGACCUCAAUGGGCGCCUCCCAGACCUCAUUGCUGAUGCCCUGCACCGCAUCGGGCAGGUGGAGAGAGGCUGUGAUGGCCCCAGCACCACCUGCACCGAAGAGUCUUGUGCCAACCAGGGCGUCUGUCUGCAGCAAUGGGAUGGCUUUACCUGUGACUGUACCAUGACUUCCUAUGGAGGCCCUGUCUGCAAUGACCCUGGGACCACAUACAUCUUUGGGAAGGGGGGGGCGCUCAUCACCUACACGUGGCCCCCGAAUGACCGGCCCAGCACGAGGAUGGACCGCCUGGCUGUGGGCUUCAGCACCCAUCAGCGGAGCGCCGUACUGGUGCGAGUGGACAGCGCCUCCGGCCUUGGGGACUACCUGCAGCUGCACAUUGACCAGGGCACUGUUGGGGUGAUUUUUAAUGUGGGCACCGACGACAUUACCAUUGAUGAGCCCAACGCCAUCGUGAGUGACGGCAAAUAUCACGUGGUGCGAUUUACUCGAAGUGGUGGCAAUGCCACCCUGCAGGUGGACAGCUGGCCAGUCAACGAACGGUACCCAGCAGGAAACUUUGAUAACGAGCGCCUGGCGAUUGCUAGACAGAGAAUCCCCUACCGGCUUGGUCGAGUAGUAGAUGAGUGGCUGCUCGACAAAGGACGCCAGCUGACCAUCUUCAACAGCCAGGCUGCCAUCAAGAUUGGGGGCCGGGAUCAGGGCCGCCCCUUCCAGGGCCAGGUGUCCGGCCUCUACUACAAUGGGCUCAAGGUACUGGCGCUGGCCGCCGAGAGCGACCCCAACGUGCGGACCGAAGGCCACCUACGCCUAGUAGGAGAGGGGCCGUCCGUGCUGCUCAGUGCGGAGACCACUGCCACCACCCUGCUGGCUGACAUGGCCACCACCAUCAUGGAGACCACCACCACCAUGGCCACCACCACCACUCGCCGGGGCCGCUCCCCCACAAUGAGGGACAGCACCACCCAGAACACAGAUGACCUCCUGGUGGCCUCGGCUGAGUGUCCAAGCGAUGAUGAGGACCUGGAGGAGUGUGAGCCUAGUACUGGAGGAGAGUUAAUAUUGCCCAUUAUCACGGAGGACUCCUUAGACCCCCCUCCCGUGGCCACCCGGUCCCCCUUCGUGCCCCCGCCCCCCACCUUCUACCCCUUUCUCACGGGCAUGGGUGCCACUCAAGACACCCUGCCCCCGCCCGCCGCGCGCCGCCCGUCCUCGGGGGGCCCGUGCCAGGCUGAGCGCGACGACAGCGACUGCGAGGAGCCCGUGGAGGCCUCGGGCUUCGCCUCUGGGGAGGUCUUUGACUCCAGCCUCCCCCCCACGGACGACGAGGACUUUUACACCACUUUCCCCUUGGUCACGGACCGCACCACCCUCCUGUCGCCCCGCAAGCCUGUGCCCCGACCCAACCUCAGGACAGAUGGGGCCACGGGCGCCCCCGGGGUACUACUUGCGCCCUCCGCCCCAGCCCCCAACCUGCCUGCGGGCAAAAUGAACCACCGAGACCCGCUGCAGCCACUGCUGGAGAACCCACCCCUGGGGCCCGGGGUCCCCACGGCCUUCGAGCCGCGGCGACCGCCUCCCCUGCGCCCCGGCGUGACCUCAGCCCCCGGUUUCCCCCGUUUGCCCACAGCCAACCCUACGGGGCCGGGAGAACGCGGCCCCCCGGGCGCGGUGGAGGUGAUCCGCGAAUCCAGCAGCACCACGGGCAUGGUGGUGGGCAUCGUGGCGGCGGCGGCGCUCUGCAUCCUCAUCCUUCUCUAUGCCAUGUACAAGUACCGCAACCGCGACGAGGGUUCCUACCAAGUGGACCAGAGUCGGAAUUACAUCAGUAACUCGGCCCAGAGCAAUGGGGCAGUGGUGAAGGAGAAGGCCCCUGCUGCCCCCAAGACGCCCAGCAAGGCCAAGAAGAACAAAGAUAAGGAGUAUUACGUCUGAGCACCCAGUCCAGGCACCGCGCCCCACUGCCAACUGCUCUUCCCGGGAGGCCCGGGAGGAGGGUGCGGCCCUCUCCCUGCAGGGGGACCUGGAGACCCUUUCCCUGGCUGCCUCAGGCUUCUCCCACGAAGAGGAAACGCAAAAAAGAAAAGGAAUAUAACUGUGUGCUCAUCCCCUUCCCUCCCGCUGCCCACGGCGCCGCACUUCAGCUCUGGGGCUGGCUAUCCUUCUCAGCUCUGCGCCGUCCAGGCAGGGCACGUGCUCACAGCCCUGGGUUGAUUUAUUUUUUUAAGGGGGGUAGUUUUAUUUUGGUGGGGCUGGGCGGGAAGGAAGGCUGGGGUUUUUGUAAAGUGUCCACUGCGCCGUUUGUUUAUUUCUCUCGGAUUUUUUCCUUCCUCCCUGUUCCUCUGGCCUUCUUUCUCCUUCCCAGCCCUUCUGUCCUGGUUCAGGCUUGCUGUGUCUCUUGUCCCUACCCUCCUUCUCACCCUCUCCUUCUUUCUUUUUCUUUUUUUAAAUCCUUUUUCUUUUUUCUUUUCUUCUUUCUUUCUUUUUUUUUUUUUUUAAGGAAA